GAAGGCUCUAAUUAAAAUACUUCUACGAGCACAGUUUGUUCUACGACGUCAAUGGCUCCGCAUGGCCCCUGGGUAUUUCUUCUAAUUGCUAUAGUUACACCUCCAAACUUCGCUGCUGAAAAGAAGCAAUUUUUCUCUUCUGCGUACAUCUCGAACAAGGCGGUGGGAGAUCCGGCUUGCCAGCAAGGGCCGGGAGAGCCAGCUUGCUUCGCUCGACCAAGCCCAGGAAGCCGCCAAGCCAGUGAAGCUCUGAACUUGAGGCCCCACCCGCUAUCUCAGAUACCUUGUAGCUUUAUGCCAAUGGAUCUCGCGUAUGGACAAGAGAGUAAGUCUACAGUUGUAGGUAGCAAGCGAUGGUUUACGACUCCUUGGCAGAAAUCACUGAAUGUCACCUAUGCAAAUAUUUUACGGAACAUGUCCGGACCUUGGCAGUUCAUGACAAAUGGAACUAUUUAUUUGCACUCGAGCAGCAUAAAGUACACGAAUGUAACCUGUAUUCAAGCGAAAACUGUAGAGAAGAAUGAAACGGCGCGAACAUUCACACAUGAAGUGAAUGUCGGCAUGGAAUAUAACGGUAACAAGAACUGUACGGACGAGUAUGGCGGCGUCACGGCAAGAAAGAGCGCGCAAGCGAUCAGGCUAGUUACUCAGCGAUGAGGAGAUUCAAGAGCUACUCUUUCAGAGUGACAUUGACUUGUCUGAUGAAGGCGAUAUUCUGGAUGAGCCACACAGCAGCAGUGAAUGCUCAGGUAGCAGCAGUGACGAUGAUGAUGAAGUUGAAGAUGACACGCCAGCUAGCCACAAAGUUCAAGGUCGUGGCCCCAUUUGGAAAGCGACAGACUUCCCUCUAAGGUGCACUUCGGACUCUGCGCCGUGCCAAGUCGACUCAAGGUUUCCUGUGUCUCCGUUUGCCUACUUUGCGGAGUGUUUUCCGGAACCCUUUUGGAAGCUCUGCGCAGAACAAACAAAUCUCUAUUCUGUUCAGAUGCGUGACCACAGGUCAGUGCGAACGUCACCGGCAGAAAUAAAAAAAACUUGCCGGAAUACACAUGCUAAUGGGCCUUCUCGGACUCCCAAGAGCAAGACUCUACUGGUCCCGCAUAUCGGCUGUGCCUCUUGUCACAGAAAACAUGACACGCGACCGAUUCUUCGAGUUACGUGGUAUGCUGCACUUCGUGGACCUCAGCCAAACAACCGAUGCACAAACUGAAAACAAGUUGUUCAGAGCGGAACCCAUCAUCGAGUCAUUUCGAAAAGCGUGCCUCGAGCUACCACGUCCAAAAGCAGCAUCUGUCGACGAACAAAUGAUUCCAUUCAGCGGACGUUGUCCUGCCCGACAAUACGUGCCCAGUAAACCAAAUCCCGUCGGCCUUAAGAACUUAGUUUUGUCGAGUUCUGUUGGACUUGUGUUAGAUUUCGUCAUCUACACAGGUAAAGGAACUGUUCCUGAAGCCGAUAAGAAAGAACUUGGUCCUGGCGGGGCAAUAGCGAAGCGUCUUCUGCGUACAGUGCCGGAAGAACAACCAGUUCAUGUGUUCACAGACCAUUUUUUACAGGUUUGAAGCUCGCCGAGUACCUUCUCCGAAGGAAUGCGCAUCUUACCGGUACAAUUAUGGCAAACAGAACUGGAGGUACGGCAUCAAAGCUUCCAAACGAAAAGAACAUGAAACGAGGCGAAUCAUGCUGCGUUGUCCGCAGUGACGGAGAAAUGUGUCUCACGAAGUGGAAGGAUCGAAAAUCAGUCAUGAUUCUUUCGAGUGCCUGCGGCAUCACUCCAGAAGGCACUUGCAGAAGAUGGUCGAAGGAAGAGAGGAAGAAAGUAGAUGUGCCGCAGCCGCACUGCAUCAAAAUAUACAACAAAAACAUGGGCGGUGUUGAUCUUGCGGACAGAUACUUGUCCUAUUACAGGACAAAAUACGUACGAAGAAGUGGACCAUUAGGGUAUUUGCCCACUUUCUAGACCUAGCGGUCGCAAAUGCCUGGACGUUGCAGCAAAAGAUAUUCUCGAUCAAUUCGAGUUUAAGGACCGAGUUGCGGAAACGCUAAUUCGCGCCCACGUCGACGAAAUGCAAGAAGCCGUAAACGAAGUAGAGCAGGAUCUUGAAAUUGGCGAGACUGCUGCACUCCCUAAACGUACCAAGGUGACUUCCAUGCCGCCAAGUGAGGUCCGAUUGGACAAGUACGGGCAUUUUCCAGAGCAUGUGCCCUUAAAGUCUCACAUGAGAUGCCGCAAUUAAGGUUGCAGCGGAAAAACACGCGUUAGGUGCACUAAAUGUGACCUGUUUCUUUGCCUUCUCAACAGAAACUGCUUUCUUGACUUUCACUCUUGUUAGGCCUGUUGUACCCAAAUGGGUACAGCUAAUUUCUCGUCUGAAAUUACAGUUUUCGUUUUUCUUUUUCCGAAAAGUGUUUCGGGGCUUUCAAAUGGUUGCAAUAAAGAGUUUA